AUGUCAGGCUACAACCAAGGCGGCCAUUACGAUGAUGGCUACGGCCAACAUGGUGGCCAUGGGGAUUCCUAUUACCAGGAUGAACAUCAUGGCCAGGCUUACUAUGAUCCCAACGACUAUGGCGAUGGUUACUAUGACAGAGGGGGAUACUAUGCGGAUGGUGGACAUGGUUACCAGCAGGACGGCGGUUACUAUGACGCUGGCCACCAGGACGAUUACUAUGGCGAGCCCUACUAUGACCAAGCGAACGGUCAGCAAAGGGGACGGCGCCGCGGCGAUUCGGAGGAAGACUCGGAGACGUUCAGCGAUUUUACUAUGAGAUCCGAAACGGCACGUGCGGCGGAUAUGGACUACUACGGUCGCGGAGACGAGCGCUACAACAGCUAUGCCGACAGCCAGUAUGGCGGACGUGGUGGAUAUGGCUACCGUCCGCCCUCCUCCCAGAUUUCCUAUGGAGGCAACCGGUCGUCCGGAGCGUCGACGCCCGUCUACGGCAUGGAUUAUGGAAAUGCUCUGCCUGCUGGUCAGCGAUCCCGGGAGCCGUAUCCGGCGUGGUCCUCUGAUGCCCAAGUUCCUGUGUCCAAGGAGGAAAUCGAGGACAUUUUCCUCGACCUGGUCAACAAAUUCGGUUUCCAAAGGGAUAGUAUGCGUAACAUGUACGACCAUCUCUUGACACAGCUCGACUCACGUGCCUCGCGUAUGACGCCAAACCAGGCACUCCUUUCUCUGCACGCCGACUACAUCGGUGGUGAUAAUGCGAACUACCGUCGCUGGUACUUCGCGGCUCACCUUGACCUCGAUGAUGCCGUGGGCUUUGCCAACAUGAAGUUGGGCAAGGCGGACCGAAAGACCAGAAAGGCCCGCAAGGCGGCCCAGAAGAAGGCGAAAGAGAACCCGGAGAAUGUGGAUGAGACUCUUGAAGCACUAGAGGGCGAUAACAGCCUCGAAGCCGCCGAGUACCGGUGGAAGACCCGCAUGAACCGCAUGUCGCAGCACGACCGAGUCCGUCAAGUGGCCUUGUACCUGUUGUGCUGGGGUGAGGCUAACCAGGUCCGGUUCUUGCCCGAGUGUCUCUGUUUUAUCUUCAAGUGUGCAGAUGACUAUUAUAGUUCGCCAGAAUGCCAGAACCGGGUUGAGCCCGUCGAGGAGUUUACUUACCUGAACGAAGUCAUAACUCCUCUUUAUCAGUACUGCCGCGAGCAGGGCUAUGAAAUCUCUGACGGGAAAUACGUGCGCAGAGAGAAGGAUCACAACCAGAUCAUUGGUUACGAUGACAUGAACCAACUUUUCUGGUACCCCGAGGGUAUUGAGCGAAUUGUAUUCGAAGACAAGACCCGUCUUGUUGACAUUCCAACCGCUGAAAGAUGGCUCAAGCUGAAGGAAGUCGAUUGGAAGAAGGUGUUCUUCAAGACAUACAGGGAAACCAGAUCUUGGUUCCAUAUGAUCACCAACUUCAACCGUAUCUGGGUCAUCCACUUGUGUUCGUUCUGGUUCUUCACCGCGUACAACGCCCCGACUCUAUACACAAAGAACUACCAGCAGCAGCUGAACAACAAGCCACCCGGUUCUUACUACUGGUCUGCUGUUGGCUUCGGUGGUGCCCUGGCCUCUUUCAUUCAGGUUAUGGCUACUAUUUGUGAAUGGAUGUACGUGCCGCGACGGUGGGCCGGUGCUCAGCACCUAACCAAGCGACUGAUGUUCCUCCUGUUGAUGUUCAUCAUCAACCUGGCUCCCGGUGUGGUUGUUUUCGGCUUCAAGAAGCAGAUCGGCGAAACAGUUGCCCUUGUCAUUGGUAUCGUUCACUUCAUUAUUGCCCUGGUGACGUUCUUCUUCUUUUCCGUCAUGCCGCUUGGUGGUUUGUUCGGUAGCUACUUGAAGAAACAUGGCCGUCAAUACGUUGCCAGUCAGACAUUCACUGCCAGCUGGGCACGUCUCCAGGGCAAUGACAUGUGGAUGUCCUAUGGUCUUUGGGUUUGUGUUUUUGGAGCAAAAUUGGCCGAGUCUUACUUCUUCUUGACUCUCUCCUUCAAAGACCCCAUCCGUAUUCUUUCUCCAAUGCAGAUCCAGCGGUGCUCCGGUGUCCAAUAUAUUGGAACCGUGCUGUGUUACCGUCAGCCGCAGAUCUUGCUCGGCCUGAUGUUCUUCAUGGAUUUGACCCUCUUCUUCCUGGAUAGUUACCUCUGGUAUAUUAUUUGCAACACGGUUUUCUCUGUUGCGAGGUCUUUCUACCUUGGUGUUUCUAUCUGGUCCCCAUGGAGAAACAUCUUUUCUCGUCUCCCAAAGCGUAUCUACUCGAAGGUUCUUGCCACCACGGACAUGGAGAUCAAGUACAAGCCCAAGGUUCUCAUUUCGCAAGUGUGGAACGCAAUUAUCAUUUCCAUGUAUCGCGAACAUCUGCUGGCUAUUGAUCAUGUCCAGAAGCUCCUGUACCACCAAGUUCCUUCUGAACAAGAGGGCAAGCGGACUCUGCGCGCCCCAACUUUCUUCGUAUCCCAGGAAGAUCAGUCUUUCAAGACUGAAUUCUUCCCACCGGGAAGCGAAGCUGAGCGCCGUAUUUCUUUCUUCGCGCAGUCCCUGUCUACUCCUAUGCCCGAGCCCUUGCCUGUCGACAACAUGCCCACUUUCACCGUCCUGAUUCCCCACUACAGUGAGAAGAUUCUCUUGUCGCUCCGUGAGAUUAUCCGUGAAGACGAGCCUUACUCUCGUGUUACUCUGCUCGAGUACCUCAAGCAGCUCCACCCCCAUGAGUGGGAUUGUUUCGUCAAGGACACGAAGAUCCUUGCAGAUGAAACCUCUCAGUUUAAUGGUGAAAUGGAGAAGACCGAGAAGGAUGUCGCUAAGAGCAAGAUCGAUGAUCUUCCGUUCUAUUGCAUUGGUUUCAAGUCAGCUGCUCCGGAAUAUACUCUUCGUACGCGUAUUUGGUCUUCCCUGCGCUCGCAGACACUCUACAGAACCAUUUCCGGCUUUAUGAACUACAGCCGCGCCAUCAAGCUGCUUUAUCGUGUCGAGAAUCCGGAAGUCGUACAAAUGUUUGGUGGUAACUCUGAAAAGCUGGAACGGGAACUGGAGAGAAUGGCUCGUCGCAAGUUCAAGAUCUGCGUUUCCAUGCAGCGUUAUGCCAAGUUCAAUAAAGAAGAACGUGAGAACACUGAAUUCCUUCUCCGUGCCUAUCCCGACUUGCAAAUUGCCUACCUUGAUGAGGAAGCACCAGAGAACGAAGGCGAUGAGCCUCGCUUGUACUCGUCUUUGAUUGACGGGCACUGCGAGUUACUCGAGAACGGAAUGCGGAAACCCAAGUUCAGGAUUCAAUUGUCUGGAAACCCUAUUCUGGGAGAUGGAAAGUCCGACAACCAGAACCAUGCCAUCAUCUUCUACCGUGGUGAAUACAUUCAGGUCAUUGACGCCAACCAGGACAACUACCUUGAAGAGUGUUUGAAGAUUCGUAGCGUCCUCGCUGAGUUUGAGGAAUUGACAACUGAUAACGUCUCUCCUUACACGCCUGGUAUCCCGUCGUCGGACGUCAACCCGGUUGCUAUCCUUGGUGCUCGUGAAUAUAUUUUCUCUGAGAACGUUGGUGUCCUUGGUGAUGUUGCCGCCAGUAAGGAACAAACCUUCGGUACCCUCUUCGCCCGUACACUUGCCGAGGUUGGUGGUAAGCUGCACUAUGGUCACCCUGAUUUCCUCAAUGGUAUCUUCAUGUGCACCCGCGGUGGUAUCUCGAAAGCUCAGAAGGGUCUUCACCUGAACGAAGAUAUCUAUGCCGGUAUGAAUGCUAUGGUCCGCGGUGGUCGUAUCAAGCACUGUGAAUACUUCCAGUGUGGUAAGGGUCGUGAUCUUGGUUUCGGCUCUAUUCUUAACUUCACAACCAAGAUUGGUACUGGUAUGGGCGAGCAAAUGCUGUCUCGAGAGUAUUAUUAUCUUGGUACACAGCUACCCCUCGAUCGGUUUUUGUCCUUCUACUACGCGCAUCCUGGUUUCCAUCUUAACAACAUGUUCAUCAUGCUCUCCGUGCAGAUGUUCAUGAUCGUUCUGAUCAAUCUUGGAGCCCUGAAGCAUGAGACUAUCACUUGCAGGUACAACAAGAAUUUGCCGAUCACCGACCCCCUGCGCCCCACCUUCUGUGCUAACCUCGUGCCUGUCAUUGACUGGGUUAACCGCUGUGUUAUUUCCAUCUUCAUCGUCUUCUUCAUCUCUUUCGUCCCCCUUGCGGUCCAAGAGCUCACAGAGAGAGGUGUUUGGCGUAUGGCCACUCGUCUCGCAAAACACUUCGGCUCUUUCUCGUUCAUGUUCGAAGUGUUCGUCUGUCAGAUUUACGCCAAUGCUGUCCAUCAAAACCUGUCGUUUGGUGGUGCUCGUUAUAUCGGUACUGGCCGUGGUUUCGCGACCGCUCGUAUUCCAUUUGGUGUCCUCUACUCACGUUUCGCUGGUCCUUCCAUUUACGCCGGUGCUCGACUAUUGCUCAUGCUGCUUUUCUCCACGUCUACCGUAUGGAGUGCGGCUUUGAUUUGGUUCUGGGUUUCGCUGCUUGCCCUUUGCAUCUCGCCCUUCCUUUUCAACCCUCAUCAAUUCGCAUGGCAGGACUUCUUCAUUGACUACCGUGACUACCUUCGCUGGCUCUCUCGCGGUAACUCACGGUCUCACGCGUCUUCUUGGAUCGCUUUUUGCCGACUUUCCCGUACUCGCAUUACGGGUUACAAGCGGAAGCUCCUGGGCGUCCCGUCUGAAAAGGGAAAUAGUGAUGUCCCCAGAGCUCGCAUUACGAACAUCUUUUUCAGCGAAAUCGUUGCACCUUUGGUUUUGGUUGGUGUUACCUUGAUUCCAUACCUGUUCAUCAACUCUAGAACUGGCACUAUGGAUGACGACAAGAAGGCGAAGAAUGCUGUUGCCCGAAUUGCAAUUGUGGCUUUUGGUCCCAUCGCUAUCAACGCCGGUGUUGCGGGUAUGUUCUUUGGUAUGGCAUGCUGUAUGGGUCCAAUCUUUAGCAUGUGCUGCAAGAAGUUCGGUGCCGUACUGGCCGCCAUCGCGCACGCAAUUGCUGUCAUCAUCCUGCUCGUUAUCUUCGAGGUCAUGUUCUUCCUUGAGGGUUGGUCUUGGCCUCGGUGUGUAUUGGGUAUGAUCUCGGCGGCUGCAAUCCAACGUUUCGUCUACAAGCUUAUCAUCUCACUUGCCUUGACUCGUGAGUUCAAGAACGACCAAUCUAACAUCGCCUGGUGGACUGGAAAGUGGUACAACAUGGGCUGGCACUCAAUUUCCCAGCCUGGUCGUGAAUUCCUGUGCAAGAUCACGGAGCUCGGCUAUUUUGCUGCUGACUUCGUCCUUGGCCAUCUGAUUCUGUUUAUCAUGUUGCCUGCUCUGUGUGUUCCCUACAUUGAUAAGUUUCACUCCGUUAUUCUUUUCUGGCUGCGCCCAAGUCGUCAAAUCCGGCCUCCGAUCUACUCUUUGAAGCAGUCUAAGCUUCGUAAGAGAAGAGUGGUUCGCUUCGCAGUCCUCUAUUUUGCGAUGUUGGUCCUCUUCCUCGUUCUCCUUAUCGCACCGUUGGUCGUUCGCAAGAUGAACAUUAGCCUGCCCAACAUUCCAAUGGAUCUCUUGCAACCGCUUGACGCGCAACACAACAAUACCAUCACUAGCUAUACCGGCUACGGGCUUCCAAAUGGCGACAGCGGGAUCCCGCCGUCGGUUUUGGCUUCCGCUACCUACAAGCGGUAG